AUGUUGAUCCAGUCACAAACAGAUGCGCGCGCUGGCAUCAUGCAGGCAACAAUGGUGAGGCGAGACUCCAUCUUUCUCGAUGGUGGAGUGCAGACUCUUCGCAGCAACAACACGACGUCGCUCACAUUCAGCAAAUACAUAUACGAGCUGGACGUCGGGAAGUCAUGGGACGUCAACACAAACUUCACCGAGUCGAGGAUCGGAAGGUACGCAGGCACCGACACCAACGCCAACCCUCCGAAUAUGCUUCGCGGCGCCCUCUAUGCCGCAAACCGCGAGACCAACAAGCUCUUCACCUUCGGAGGAUCCAGCUUCCUGGCCAACGAUUCCGACCCGGACUGGGAGCCCCCGAGCCAGGAUGCCACCUCGCUGUGGUCCUACGACACCGAGAUCCGAGACUGGCAUUCGUACAACAUAACCACCAUCCCCUGGCGCCCAAACUGGGGAGCAGUAGCCGAGGACAUUGUGCACGACAUCGGCUUCUUCCUCAAUGGCCAGUACGACCGGGGAUCAUCCUAUGGACUCUACACCAGCGUCGAGUACGAGGGAGGCAAGGUGUCGAACGCGUCCUUUGACGAGAUCCGAUACCUCGGUGGCCUGAUCAUGAUCGAUCUGCACACGCAGGAGACGAGGAACCUGUCGACCGAGUCCCUCGGCGCCCCUCGAGUAGCGGGCGGAUUGGUCUACUCGCCGACCUUCGGCAAGACUGCCAACGGGACACUUCUGGCUUUCGGCGGCAUGCGCAGCAGCGGCCAGUCAGUCGACACGUUUACGAACGGCGACUUGAUUGACAUGACGACCAUCUCCCUCUGCGACAGCUUCAUGGACGAGAACGUCACCUGGUUCAACCAAUCCACCACGGGCGACACGCCACCCCCGCGCAUGGAUUUCUGCACCCUUCCGUUCGAGAAGGACGCCAAGGACAACUCCAGCAUCAACAUUUACAUCCACGGCGGCUACGACCCCGGCACGUCCACGCUCUACGACGACAUGUACAUCCUCUCCGUGCCGUCCUUCACGUGGACGAAAGUGUACUCUGGCACGGACGGCCGCUUCGGCCACUCGUGCAACGCCGCCGGCCUGCGGCAGAUGGUCGUCACCGGCGGCGCGCGCGACGCCAGCCUCUACGCCGUCGAGACGACGGGCGCCGUGCCCGACCUCGAUGCCACGACCUGCAACGACGGGCUGGGCGUCAGCCUGUUCGACCUGACGAACCUCACGUGGGGCACGUUUUUCGACCACGACGCCCCCGCGUACCAGGUCCCGCAGAAAGUCGUCGACGUGAUUGGCGGGUCCCCCGACGGCGCCGCCACCAUGACCCAGCCCGCAAACGGCUUCGCCCACCCCGCCAUCUACACCAUGUUCCACCCCCCACCAACCCCCACCACCACCACCACCUCCUCCUCCUCCACCACCACCCCCUCAGCCAGCACCAUCACCGGCGCAGCAAUCGGCUCCAUCGCCGGCGCAGCACUCCUCCUCACCGCCGUCAUCUGGCUCGUCCUCAGACGGCGCAAGCGGCGACGACGACGAUUGCAGCGCGAAAGCGAGCGCUGCCGGGCCAGCUCGGUGGGCACCGGCACCACCGCCAUCUCGGAGCUGCAGGGCGGCCAGCCGGUUGAGGUGCACGAGAAGGCUGCGGCGAUGCCGUUGGGGGCGGUUGAUGAGGAGGAGCCCGAGCCGCAGGAGCUGGAGGCGGCGGAGAGGGUGGAGUUGCCGGCGGCGGAUGAGACGGUGUUGCGGGAGAAGGAGGGUGGUGGUGGUGGUGGUACGGGGCGGGAUGGGUAG